AUGAAUAAUCAAGUUGGUCCUCGUCAUGCAGUUCCAACCUUGUCGGCGGUAGUGCAGCCAGAAUCAUUCCGUGUCUUCAUAUCAAAGAAAAAAACGUACACUUCAGUAUGCUGCUGUGGAUUCAAGAGACGAACGGCAUUGAUGGUUCUUAUCACCUUCCUCGCACUCGGUCUUGUUGCCAUCGUGGGAGCCGGUGCUGGACUUAUUGGUCGCAUGUGA